AUGUCGAGCAGGUAUCACAAAGCAGCAGCUGAUGGCAAUUUGGACCUACUGAAAGAAGCCACUAGGAAAGAUCUCAAUACUUCAGAUGAAGAUGGAAUGACACCCACCCUUCUGGCAGCAUACCACGGGUAUCUAGAAGCUCUGGAAGUCAUAUGCGGAAGAGGAGGUGAUCCAGACAAAUGUGACAUCUGGGGGAACACGCCUCUCCACCAUGCUGCUUGCAAUGGUCACAUCCACUGUGUUUCUUUUUUGAUCCACUUUGGUGCCAAUAUAUUUGCUCUGGACAAUGACCUCCGCACUCCCCUGGAGGCAGCUGCCAGCAGAGACCGCAAUGAAUGCGUCAGAAUCCUGGACCAAGCUGCCACCGAGCAGAACAUGAUGAACCCAAAGAGGGUCUCCAAACUCAAAGCACAGGCCCAGAGGAAUGCAGAGAAACAGAUCAAGGAAUGUGAGAAGCGACAGGAGAAACACCAGCAUGAAAUGAACCGGAAUUAUAUAAAAGAAAACGUUGGCACAGUAAACUCUUCCAAAGGGACACACUCCAGAGUCAAGCUGCCUAGUCUCUUUGCUUCAACUACAACAAGCUCUUUCUCCAAAAACCUGAAAGAUACCUUCAAACUGAAGGGCAAAAAGGCAGCUGACAGCACAAGAAGCCAGGGAACACAAAGCAAUGACCAAAAGCAUGAUACAAGUAGAAGAACUGUGAUGCAUCUGUUCGAUGAGAAAGAGGAGGAUGAGUUACUGAAUGAGCUUGGAGAGAAAAGCUUCUCUGACAAUGACAGUCAGCUCUCCAUCUUUAAGCGGCCGGGUCUCGGCAAAAUUGUGUUUGGAAGGAAUUUGGCUGCAGAUGUAAACCCUGAAACUGUGUCUUCUGAGAAAGAAGGUACGAGCUUUAAAAUAUCCAGUGAGCUCUUUCAGUUUGAAAAUGAUGAGAAUGGCAAGGAAGAUGGUGCUGAAAAUGGUGCUGAUAUCCCUUGGCAGGAGGAAGAAGUCAUAUGGGAUGCAGAGGAAGUAGAGAACACGCCCCUUGAGGUGUUUCUGGCAUCACAAAUGCUGGAUGAGUUUCUUCCAGUCUUUAUGAGGGAAAAAAUUGAUUUAGAUGCUCUAAUGCUAUGUUCUGAUGAAGAUCUACAGAGUAUUCAGAUAGAGCUUGGGCCAAGAAAGAAAGUCCUGAAUGCUGUGAAUAAAAGAAAACAAGCACUCGAGAACCCUGGAAAGACUGUAGAUACUUGCUUGUAA